AUGGAGGAUGACAAUGGCCUUGAGCUUCGGUUGGGUCUAUCUUCUGGUAAAUCAUCUGCCACCCCAAGGUCUAGAAACGACUGCUCUUCAGAGACCAGGAUAGAAGAAGUUGACAAAGUGUUGACCCGAGGCAGCAAGACUAUACUAAUUCAGAGGUGCUUUGAAAUGGAUAAGUCGUGGAUAAAAGCUGAUAGGGAUUCCUUACAGUAUGAAAUAGGUGUUGAAAAUUUCUUGAUAUUUGCCGAGGAUAAUGCAAAAAACCCAAAAAAAAUUCGUUGUCCUUGUGCACGCUGCGUUGACUUCAAAAAAUUCCCGGUAGAUAUAAUCAGAGGUCAUCUGUAUGAUUCGGGUUUUAGUUUAGGAUAUUUUGAAUGGAUUUGGCAUGGUGAAGAGGUUUGUAACAGUACUAAGUUAGCUGUUGGUAGUAGUUGCCCUCCUCCAAAGCCCACACCACCAACAGAAACCUACAACGUAUGCGACGCAGCCUAUAGUAAGGACGAUUACAAUAAUGAUGAGUCUGAAGACUUCAAGAGGUUUGUUGCAGAUGCAGAACAACCUCUAUUUGAGGGAAGUGAGUGCACUAAACUAGAAACAGUCUUGAAAUUACAUAAUUGGAAGGUUAGGUUUGGGGUUAGUGAUAAGGCUUUUACUGAUCUUCUUGAGUCUGUUGGGUCAUUUCUUCCGAAAGACAAUGUGCUUCCGUCUAAUAUGUACGAGGCCAAGAAAACCUUGACUGAUUUAGGACUUGAGUAUGUAAAAUUCCACGCUUGUCCAAAUGAUUGCGUAUUGUAUAGGGGUCCACUCCUUGAGUCUUCUUCUGAGUGUCCAAAUUGCCAUUUGUCUCGCUGGAAAAUUGGGAAAGAUGGUAAAAUUAGGGUAAAUGUGCCGGCUAAGGUUAUGUGGUAUUUUCCUAUAAUCCCCAGGUUUAAACGAAUGUUUAAAUCUACUUCUACUGCCAAAUUAAUGGAUUGGCAUUCAGUGAAUCGGUCUAAUGAUGGGAAGAUGCGCCACCCCUCUGAUUCUCCUUCAUGGAGAAAUAUAGAUUAUAGGUGGCCUGAUUUUGGUAGUGAGCCAAGACACUUACGGUUGGGAUUAGCGGCUGAUGGUAUAAAUCCGCACAAUAACGGAUUAAACAACCGGUAUACUUGCUGGCCAGUUAUGUUAGUAACAUAUAAUCUUCCUCCAUGGUUAUGCAUGAAGAGGAAGUUUAUGAUGUUAACAACAUUAAUUUCUGGCCCGCAUGAACCAGGUAAUAAUAUUGACGUAUAUCUCGAGCCGCUAAUUGAUGAUUUAAAAAAAUUGUGGGAGGAAGGUGAACCAAACGUGUACGAUGCGCAUACUGAUUCUUUUUUCACUCUAAAGGCAGUUCUGAUGUGGACAGUAAAUGACUUCCCGGGGUAUGCCAACUUGUCGGGAUGCAUUAAUAAGGGUUAUAAAGCUUGUCCAAUUUGUGGUGAUCAGACUGUAGCUAAGUAUUUAAACCAUAGUAGGAAAAUGUCCUACCAAGGCCACUGUCGUUACUUAGAUAAAUAUCAUCCCUAUAGGAGGCUUAGGACAGCUUUCAAUGGAGAACAGGAAUUAGGUAUUGCGCCUGAACCACUUACCGGAGAAGAAGUUUUGGCGCAGCAACAACUUCUUAAAUUUAGUUUUGGAAAGGGGGGGAAGUCGAAAAAGGUCGAAUCUGCAUGGAAAAAACAAUCAAUUUUUUUUGAGUUAGAGUAUUGGAAGUAUCACCAUGUUCGACAUUGUUUAGAUGUCAUGCACGUCGAGAAGAACGUGUGUGAUAAUAUAAUUGGGACACUUCUCAAUUUGAAAUUCAAGACGAAAGACAGCCUUGCAUCGCGUCUUGAUUUGGUUGAGAUGGGACUAAGGCCUGAUUUAGCUCCUGAAAUAGGUGAAAAAAAGACAUACUUACCUCCUGCCCCUUUUACCUUGUCCAAGAAAGAAAAAAAAACAAUGCUGUCCUCAUUGUACAACAUGAAACUUCCAUACGGGCACGCUUCAAAUAUCAGAAACUGUGUAUCAAUGAUUGAUCAGAAAUUGUAUGGCCUUAAGUCACAUGACUGCCAUAUUCUCCUCCAGCAGCUACUACCGGUUUCUAUUCGAUCAGUGCUUCCGAAAAAUGUUAGGGGUUAUGUAAGAAACCGAUUCUAUCCGGAAGGUUGUAUAGCUGAAGGUUAUCUGAAAGAAGAAUCUAUAGAAUUUUGCACCGAGUUCUUUAGCGGGAGUAGCAGGACAGCAGGGCUUCAAAAAGAUGAAAAAGUUUCUGGUCCAGUAGGUGGUGCAACAAUGAAGUCAGUUCCAGAAAAAGAAAGAAGUGAGGCGCAUCUUGCAGUCCUCCUCAAUAAUACUGAAGUGGAACCAUAUGCUAGGUUGCAUAAACAAUAUUUGGAAGGCAUAUAUCAAGGGAAUAAGAAGAGUGUGCAGUGGCUAUUGGGAGAGCACAAUCGACAAUUUGCCGAUUGGUUUGAACAAAAAGUCAGUACAGAAAUGAGGGAAAAUUCUGGAGACGUUUCUGAAACAAUACGAUGGUUGGCUGGAAAACCUUCAUAUUCAGUCUUGACUUAUGAAAGUUAUGUUGUUGACGGGGUCCGUUACCACACAAAAGACCGAGAUAAUGCAAGGGUAGUUCAGAAUAGUGGGGUGUCGUUGGUUGCCAGGACAGUCCAAGUGUCUAGUGCUAAGGAUAUAAAUCCUAUAGAGAGCGAACUAACAUUUUAUGGGGUUAUCAAAGAAAUAUGGGAGUUAGACUACCACGCAUUCAAGGCCCCUUUGUUUUUAUGUACAUGGGCUUCAAAUGACAGAGGUGUCAAGUCUGAUGAGCUUGGUUUCACGCUUAUGAACUUCAAUCGGUCUGGUCACAAAAAGGACAAAUAUGUCUCAGUGGACCAAGUCAACCAAGUUUUUUAUGUAGAGGAUCCAAGUGAUAAAAACUGGUCUGUUGUGCUAUCAUCGGCAACUAGAGACUACCAUGAUGUGUACAAUGAAGAUGCUCCAGAACACAACUCCUGGAACCCUCCCCCAUUCUGUUCUCAGAUCCCUACAUGUGACCCUCAUGAUUCCGAUGAUGCACGUGUUAGUAAUAAAAGAGAAAAUGUUGAAGGGAUUUGGUUGAAAAGUCCAUAG